AUGAACGCAUCGGCAGGCAAACUAAAAUUAAAGCCUCGUCAAUCGCGAUCUCCACCAGACGGCCAUGUACCGGAUCUACCUGUUCCAAACCACCUUCCAAGACUCGCCUCACUGCCACGUCUUUCGUCGCAUGGCGCUUCUGGGCUUCCUUCCUGUGUGAGUAACGGUUGCGAUCAUCACUCCGUUCCAGUCAUCUGCUCUGGCCCUCGGUAA